CGUAUGGAGCCAAUUAUCGAACGGUACCUAUUAUCGAACGCUCGCGAGGCCUGCGAGGGGUAAGGAAAUAUACGGCUGAAAACGGAGGUAGACGAAGGUAUGCGGACCCUCUCCGCGCGGCUAAUUUGUCGUCAGUCUUUCUCUUUAGGUAAGUCGUUUUUUCAGCUAUAUGGGCAGCUAUUACUUACUUUAUUGCCCCACCAGGAGUGCUGGGUAUGCCGCGCAAGAGGUGCUCGUUCGCCAGGAAGCGCUCGAGAUGGUCACAGCACUCAUUACCAGCCGCAGGUGAUCAAAUUCGCCAUGGAACAUCAGUGUAUAAUCCUCUGUCUACCUCCGCACACGACCCACGAAUCACAGCCACUGGACGUUGGUGUCUUUGCUCCGCUCAAGGUGCAAUGGAGUACGGUGUGUCACAAGUUCUACCAAAAGAACCCAGGGAAGGUCAUAAAUAGGUUUAACUUCAGCACCAUGUUUUCAGAGGCGUGGUAUGGGGCCAUCACUCCUAAUAACAUAAUGGGUGGGUUUCGUAAGGCUGGAGUGUUCCCAUUUGACCCAGAAGCUGUGACACUUUCAACACCUCCUGACAACUCUGCCAAGAUACACUGUUCUGCGGAGGUGAGGGAAACCUCUCCUGAGAUGGUGUCACCGAACAACCCCGAUUUGGAGACUGUUCCUGGUGAGUCCGCCAGUGGGAGUAGCGAGUCUGUUGUUGGUGACCCAUGCACUUCCAAGACUUCAAUCAGUGACUCGUGCACAUUGCAAACUGCCGUAAGUGACCUCUGCACCCCCAAGGCCUCUGACCUAUACACCCCUGACCCUACGGAG